AUAAUAUUUCUUCUGAAGAUAUUAUAAAAAAUCCUAAAGAAUUAUUUUCACGUUCUUUUUUAAGAAGUUUACAAGAUUUAGAAUAUUUGGAAUGUAGAAUCCAACAACAAAAAAAAAAAGAUUUUAAAAGAUUUUGGCAUCCUGUAACUUUUUAUUUUUAUGGAUCAGGAGGAAGCAGAAAAUCAGGACUUGUAACUGAAUUAUUUAGAGAUCAAUUAUAUGCUGAUAAACCAAAAAAACAACGAAACAAUUG